AUGGGUCCUGUUCUUUUUUUGGUUAUGAUCAACGAUCUCCUCGAUGAAUGGCCCGACCGAUGGAAGUGUGUAGAUGAUAGUACGGCUACUGAAAGUGUCAUGGUUGAUUGUAGCAGUAAUCUUCAGGAUCUCGUCGACUAUAUCUAUAAUUGGACGGUUACAAAUAAUAUGAAACUUAAUGUCACUAAAUGUAAAGAAAUGAUCCUUGACUUUGGUAGGGUAAAACGGAGUUUCCCAGCAUUAUUAAUCGAGAACACUGAGGUUGAACGUGUAAAUUCUGCCCAAAUUCUCGGCGUUACGAUCCAAACCAAAAUGAAUUGGAAUGAACACGUUAAUAAAAUUGUUAAGAAAUCUGGGAAAAGAUUGUAUAUGCUUAGGUUAUUGAAACGAGCCAACGCUGACACUAGAAUGUUAUCCAUCGCAUUUACCACUAUUAUAAGGCCAGUCUUAGAAUACGCUUGCCAAGUUUGGCACUUCAACAUUCCAGGUUAUUUGAGUGAUGAUAUUGAAAGGGUUCAAAGAAGAGCUUUGAAAAUUAUUUUACCAGAACUUAGCUAUAACGAUGCACGCGAACUUAUUAAUAUUCCAUCCUUGAAGGAACGACGUGAGAUUUUAUGCGAACAGUUCUUUUUGAGAGAUGAGAACCUUCAAAAAUUGGAUGAAUUUUUAGCUAAUAAAUCCUCUUCGGUUUAUGAUACGAGGGGAAAUUGUAAAUAUAAUAAUUAUUAUUGUAAAACAGAACGUUUUAGAAAAUCCCUUUUACCCCAAAUUAUUUCGAAAUUAAAUUGUAAAUAGUUGUUUACUCCUUUAUAUUUAAUUAUUUGUAGUAUAUAGCUGAUGUAAUUUAACCUUCUGUUACAAAAUCAGUAAAUAUAUUUAAUAAUAAUAAUAAUAAUAAUAAAAAACACUAUGACAAUUGAAUCUAUUAAUGCUAAGUCACUGUAUGCCUCGUAGCUAACUUUACCACCAUGAGAUUUUAAUCUAUCAUUUACUAGACUAUGAGACUAUCAAUGUAUUUAUUAUUAAUCUAUUGAGAAUAAAUAUAGAUGUAUUAAUACAUAGUGUCCAUGUUUGAAAGGCAUACCUUAAAAAGUGGACGGGUAUUCUGCGAUCGUUCCGAAAAGAGUUACGAAAACAGUUGCAAAAGUAAAGAAAAGCAAGUGGAAAUGGCGAAUAUAACUUAACUAGAAAAUACAUGCAUGCAGAGACCCUCGCCUUCUGAUAAAACCAUUGUAUUUUCCGAACAUGAAGCAGUUGUCAUGGUAACACGAUAAUUAUUUAAGAAUAUUCUUAGAAAUGACAAAUCGCCUUUUAAUUACCAAAAAUCAAUUUCCCAGCAUAUAUAUGUUAGGUAUGUUAUUAUACGUAAUAUAAGCUUCAAUUUAAGAUAAAAUUCAACCACAAACGCUUCGCAAAACGUUUUAAUUAAAGAGUUCUUUAUAAAACUAAACUCUCUUUAAUUAAAUGGCUUUAUCGAUAAACUUUAAGUUUGCAAUAAAAUGAUUUCAAAUUCUCUCAUGCAAAUAACUUUUCUUUCUUUUUUAUUUAUUUAAAAAAUUCAAUAUAAUAAAAAAGGGAAUCAAUAUUAAAGAUAAACUGAAAUUAUAUGCUGUCUUGUUUAGUUGUUUCAUAUACGCAAAGGCCGUCGGGUUGUUUAAAAGCAAUUAUAAAAUCAAUAUUUAAAACAAACUUACCUUCGUCUCCCUUCUUUUAGCCGAUUCUUUCGCCCUUUCUUUCUGAGAUAGCUCUUGAAAUUUACAAAAUCUUGCAAAAAUGCGAGCAAAAAUGAAAUAUAUUUGCAAGAAAUUUAUCAAUGAUCAAAUCAAGAAAUGUUUGCUAUUUUGCCACAGAUUUCGCUGUCGUCAUGCAGUCGUUAUAAUGCAAACUUUAAAUUGGACCAAUCAGUGUCCGCUAUUCAUGACAAUCAGCCAUAUUUUUCCAUAUUUUUGAGAUCAGUGAGGAUGACCACCCAUCGUUGGUCACACACGCCCGCGAUAAUUGAUGAACUUUAGACUUCGCUAAUGCUUUCGUUUCCCCGGGUGUAAAUAGCCGGGGGCAAUUAGUACCCUCGCACGGUUCUUCGCGCCGUCGGCUCGGGGAUAAAAUAUGUUAGAUGUCAUCACCACACAAGAUAUGAAGCCACAAUGUGUCCUGCUCAGAUUUUGACAUCUCAACCAAGCAAUACAAUAUUUUGAAAUCACCAGUUGCGGGCGCAAGACGCGCAUCUGAUAAGAAGAGUAUCCGCUGAAUAUUUUGUUUAAGGGCGCGUGUCAAUGAUGCGUCCGGCAAUCAAUGAGGAGUCCGACCGUAUGUAUUGACUGAGUAUUAAGUUACCUCACUCUCAGUUAGUGAAUAUUAAGUUAGCUCACUCUAAUUUACUGAAUAUUUAAAUUUUUUACUCUCAUUUACUCAAUAUUUAAUUUGUUCACUCUCGCUCUCUUUCCGGAUCGCUUCUUUCCGUCUCCUUCCGCCGCAAAAAUGGGGGUCGGUGUAAUGUGUUUCCCAUUUUACGCGGAUGAUGAUGCAGUGCCCUUGGUGGCCUAAAAAUUAGUCCCGAAAACUAUCUACAUCACUAAUCGGUAAUGCGUAAGCAGGGUAAAUUGUUGGUAAAGGGGGGAUUUCGAAAAACCUCUCCGGACGAGAGUGGUACGUGAUAACUGUUUCCAUGCUUCAAUAAGUUUCAACAAUUAUAAAAACCUUGUUGUUCUAAUCUUUAGCGUUCUUGCCCAAUUCAAAAGACAGUGGUAAAGCUAUAACUGAACAACGCAAGAAAGAAGUCAGUGAGAACAGGAAAGCGUACAAGUGGGGAACAGAUGCAAGAUAUACUCAAGAUCUUCCUGGAUUUGUAGAAGCCAAAAAUCCACACUCUCUACCAAAAGACGUUCGGUUUACUGACGAAGCCACAUUAUCCUUGUUUCGAGCAGGCUUGAAAGAUUUUACAAACCUUGGUUUGAGCCAUAUCUUUGACAUCUGCGACUCUUGGGAUUCCUUGGAGGAUUUCCGACACCUCAUUACUCCAGCCAUUGAUACUGACCUUCCUCACGCUGCCGAGUAUUGGCGAGAUGACGUGUGGUUUGGAGCACAAUUUCUCAAUGGCUCAAAUCCAGAGGUGAUCAGAAAAUGCGAAAAACUGCCGGUUAAUUUUCCAGUGAAAAAUAAAACGGUAGACAAAUUGUUGGACCGUGGAUAUAAUUUAGAUAAAGCAAUCACGGUAAUGAUAUAUGUUACGAAUGAUACACACGUCCUUAAGUACUGUUUAAUAAACGAGCAGGAGUGUUUUGUGAGGUUUAAAGCACGAGCGCCCAGCGUGAAUGGCCGUAUAGACUUAAUAAAAAAACGACCUGCGCGUUUAUUAAUUAAACGGCUUCAAACUCUACUACAAAUUCAAUAGAUAUACUGCCUUAUUAUCAUUCUUCAUAUAAAGAACACUAUAAUAUUAUAUUCCCCUAAACACUACUUCAAAAACAUAACUCGUAUUUCUUUUGUCAAUAACGCCGUAGACAUUUUUCUGCUUGUCUUAUAACGUCAAAUUUAUUUUAGAAUGGGCUGAUUUUCCUCGUUGACUACAAAAUCCUUGAAGGGGUAGCAACAAUGAACAAACCAAAAGACAAGCGCUAUAUCACAGCGGCUAUGGGGUUGUUUUACCUCAGGAAAAACGAUGAUAUGGUGCCUAUUGCCAUACAAUUAGGUCAGCAGCCUGGUGAGAGCAACCCGAUAUGGACGCCAUUACAAGACACGGAAUGGGACUGGUUAAUGGCAAAACUUUGGCUUCGUUGUGCUGACACACAAUAUCACCAGGUAAACGUUAUAAGUACGCAAAAUUUACUUAUUUCCUUGUUACAAUAUAAGUGGUUCUAUUACGAAAAGUGGCAAAAUGCAGUAUUUUCUUCCUAA